UCAUCUCAUCCUUUUUUUUAGUAGUAGAGUAUUUUUCACACUGCUUAGUCAUUCUCCUACGUCAAAUCUUCAGUCAAUCAUCACUCAGUUGACUAUUUAUCUUGCUGCUACGGGCCGGUAAAAAGAUUGGAUCUCUCUAAUUACUUCCGAAAAUCCCAUAGCUGUUUCAACCCCUCGAAGCUUCCUUAAGUAUCAAACGUCCUUGCAUUUGUUGUUUCUGCGCAACCAAACAAUUGUACGUUUUAGGCUGCGAGUUUUUAUUUUUUUUUGCUGUGAAGAUCGAAUAUCAUGGCCAAGAUUAGUUAUUUGGCGAUGAAGACUGAUCCAGCAGCGUCGGAGCUGAUUGCUUCUGAUUUUAAGGACCUGGGGAAUGCAGCUAAAAAACUGGCUAAUCAUGCUAUCCUGCUUGUUGGUAGCGGCCUUGGAUUUGGGACUUCCUUUUUUAAGUGGCUGGCUUUCAUUGCUGCCGUUUACUUGCUGAUCCUGGACCGAACCAACUGGAAGACCAAUAUACUUACAUCGCUUUUGAUCCCUUACAUUUUCUUCAGUCUUCCGAAUGUAUUGUUCAAUUUGCUUAGGGGAGAAGUUGGAAAAUGGAUUGCUAUAAUUGCUGUCGUACUACGCCUCUUCUUCCCACGACGUUUUCCAGAUUGGCUAGAACUUCCUGCAGCUUUGAUCCUUGUAAUUGUGGUGGCUCCAAGCUUGUUCGCUGACACCAUAAGAGGUGGCUGGGUUGGCAUCAUCAUUUGUCUGAUAAUCGCAUGCUAUUUGCUUCAGGAACACAUCCGAGCAUCCGGUGGAUUCAGAAAUUCUUUCACAAAAACCCAUGGCAUUUCCAACACAGUAGGAAUCAUCCUACUGUUGGUAUAUCCGGUCUGGGCUUUCAUUAUCAAACUGCUGUGACGACUAUUUGUUUUUUCGGUUUACACUUCUUGGAUAGAUUACCCUCUUUACGUGCGUGCGUGUUUGAUUCAAUUAAAUCUUGUAUUGAAAGACCUUGUUGUCAGCGUCCCCAACCAUUUGAAACAGAUCUUUAGCAUGUGUGUAUCUUUUUUGGUAUUGGUUCUUUUUCGUCGGCAAGGCAUCAGCCUGAUACAAUUUCAUUUGGCUAUGUAAUUGAACUAUUUGUGUAAUCUUUCUGUUGAGAAAACUCGAGAUUAUGUGUCAACGGAUGCAAGUUCAGAAUGUAUAUUUUUCUGUUUUUCUAUCACUA